AUGAAGUACAACCAAGGUACUGUGAUUAACCUCAGCAGAGACAAGGAAGCAGUAGCGUACAGUGGUUCUCGAGGAAGUAGCUCGCCUGGUCAUUUUAGAGAUCUCGAACAAGAAUACUACAGGGAGAAGCAGAGAAAUAGAAUGCUCGUUAUUCUGGCAACAUUGGCGGUUGUCCUUAUUCUGGUAAAUAUAGGAUACGUGAGUUAUUUGCGGCGCAGUCGACAUGCACGGCUCUCUACGAAUCUCGUUGCCGACAAGGAACUUUGA